AAAACCGAGCCUAUUCUUGAAAUUUUUCCACCGCUAACUAAUGACUUCGUCUAAUUUGGCUCCACCCAACUCGAACCAGGUACAUCGCCGUAGAGGCUCUUCCAUUGGAAACAUCGACCUUGGUGACACUUCUCCUGCUCUCUCCACCAUGAAGACCAGUAAGGCUCAAAGAAGAAAGUCUUCCGACAGGAUGGCCCAGUUAUCUGAAAAAACCACCACCGACUCCCAGCUCUUGAGGAAGUUUUAUUUAUCAUACCGGGAAUUGACCUACAGACAAACCUGGAUCCAACCAUUGAUUGUGUUGGUGCUAUCUGUGUUUAUUUACCUCAUCUCAAACCCUGAAGGCCAGAUCCACCAGUUUUUGGAGGUUUGUAUUUUGCCUUCUUACAAGAUUCCUGGCACUGACCAGUAUGGCAAAGGAAAGUACGACUUCUAUUUUGUGUUCUACUAUGCAAUUUUCUUUACGUUUUUCAGAGAGUUUUGCAUGUGUAUGAUCUUAAGACCAUUGGCCCACUAUUUCAAGAUCACCAAAGAAUCCAGAGUAAAGAGAUUUAUGGAACAGACGUAUGCCAUCAUCUACUUUGGAGCCGCUGGAUGCUUUGGAUUGUGGAUCAUGUCCAAGUUGCCGUUGAGAUGGUUUCAAACCACGCCAUUAUACGAAACCUACCCUCACAAGACCCACGACUUUUGGUUCAAGAUCUUUUACUUGGGCCAAGCUGCCUUUUGGGUCCAACAGUCGGUGAUUUUGGUAUUGGGAUUGGAGGCUCGUAGAUCUGAUUUUGUUGAGUUUGUGUUUCAUCACAUUAUUACUAUUGCCUUGAUCUGGAACUCCUACAGAUUCCACUUCACGUGGAUGGGUCUCACGAUAUUUGUUUGUAUGGAUAUCUCCGAUUUCUUUUUGGGGAUGUCUAAGACUCUUAACUACUUGAAUGCUCCUGGAGGAGAAGCAUUCUUUGUGUUUUUCGUGUUUGUGUGGAUUUACCUUAGGCACUACAUCAACUUGAAGGUUUUGUGGUCGGUGUUGACCGAAUUUAGAACCGUUGGUCAGUGGGAGUUGAACUGGGAAACCCAGCAGUACAAGUGUUGGAUCUCGCAGCCCAUUGUAUUUUUCUUGAUUGCAGCUUUGCAGUUGGUUAAUAUCUACUGGUUGUUUUUGAUUCUUCGUAUUUUGUACAGAUACAUUAACGUAGGAGAAGCCAAGGACGAGAGAAGUGACGACGAAGACGAGGCUGACGACGAAGCUGAUGACGAAGAAGAUAGACUGGAAAAGAAGAACCAGUAAUUGAGAAAGAUUAUUCUCUUUUUGCAACAUCCAAGCAGCAUGGCUGCGCGUUAAUCUAAACCCCUUUAAUAUUUUUUCACUUAAUUACUAAUUGUUAACAUUUCAUCUGUAUACCCGAUUGUAUCCAAAGGU